UGAGGGUUUCGACACGCUAGUAGGUGGUACCUCCCUCUAAGGACUCAACUUGGGACAGCCCGAACGUUACCGGGAGGACUGGAACAUUCCAUCAUAAGCAUUAAAGGGUGGCGUAACACCAGAGGCCAUGUUUCCCGGUUACAAGAAAACUCAGAGACAGACAGAAGAGGACAGGGAUAUCAGCUGAUGAGGAAAAACUACACCUGCUGCUGCACUCAGGCUGAAUGGACUAUUUAAGGGUGAGGAGCAGGUGGGCGGGGCGUGCCUGUGGCUCCACCCACUUCUACACUACACAGAACAUCAAAUGGAUAUUAAGUCCCAGUCAAGAGGACAGGGUACUAAUGCCAACCAUUCCAGUACCCACUCAAGGCAUCUCUUUGCAGGCUGAUACUGACAAGGACUUGUUGAUCUUCAUGUUAGUACAACAAAUUGAGUAUCUAUACCUCUCUAACAGACAAAGUGCAAAGAAAGCUUUAACAGUCAGGAGUUCAACUGUCUCUUUGGCACAUGAGGCGACCACACACAGCAGCGUGCCACACUUCACCAAAGUUCUGAGACAUCACUACAAAAACCAGUUAAGGAUGCUGGCACAUAGGUGGAAAAGACUUGGUCUACAACAUCCAGCCAGUGCUAACAGGAGCGACCAAGCAUCUGGGCAGAGUGAAGAAAAGAGCCAGAAUGGCAUUAAAACGAAGUCCUUUAUUAAUAUCUCCCCCAUACAGAACAGUAAAACAGCAGCACCUAAAGACAACCAAGAACCCAAUAAAACAAAAGCAGCAGACUGUUUGAGUUCAAACCGUUCUGACACUGAAAAGUUUACAGUCAGUGACAGACACUCGCCAAAGAUCAGACCAGCAUUAUCCGAGUGCUACUCAGACAGCGAUCUUUCAGAUCAAGAGAAAGAAAGCAUCGACACAUCGAACAUGACAAUGAACAUGGAACUGGAUUUAAAGCCUGAACCCUUUGACAAAUAUCUUGACGAGUCGUAUUCCCCAGAGCUACCAGAAGUUUACUCAGAUGUUCUUCCUUCUCCUCUUGAGGCUCUGGACUUCACACAGCUCCUGUCCUCACAGCUCGCUUCAGAGUUCCAGCAAAGCCUAGAUCUAAUCGAUCCAUGCCUCGGUCCCAUAAUCCAGCGCCUGGUGGAGUUGGAGAAACUUCAAGCUGCCACUGUGCAGAAAGAGCGAGAGAAACCAGCGCGAUCCCGGCCAAAUGCUGUUUACACCCCAAAUGCCAAUCGCGUGAAAAAAUGCGACGUUUCAGGAUCCAAGAUAAAGAAUCCAGGAUGCAAGAUAACAGAAUGCAACACAGUGACGUGUACUUUCACCAAACUCACACUUUGUCCAAACUCUAGUAGGCAUCAAACCUGUUCAUCAUCAAAACCAGGCCAAGCAAGCAGGACUGUGUGGCCGCAUUCCAUCCUGCCUAAACGUCCACAUACGAUGUCAGGCAAACUGAAAAGGCCAGACACCAGUGUGAAUGUCUCAGCAAAGCUUACAAUGCCAAACAGGAUCAGAAAACCGAAGCCACACAGAGUGGACGCAACUUCUGACAAAACGGCAACUCCUAGAAGGAAAGAACCAAGUACUAAGGCUUAAUGUCUGAUUUGGUUAGUCAGAUAUUUCAUAAAUACCAGAACAGAAGGAUUUCUGUGCUCAGUUGUGUAACUUAUAACAGCACACUAAAAUCUUCGGAAAAAAGA